ACCGAUUACCCACCUACUAACAGUAUUGAUAAAAUUUCUGUUCGAAAAGUCGAUUCUGCAACACAGUUCAUAUUUCUCAGUGAUUUGCUCUGCCUGUAACGUAGUGAAAAUCAUUUUGCACCUAUAUAUUGUUAUUCUGUAAACCAAAAUCACUUGCAAUUGUGGAAAUCACAUUGGUAUAGUCAUAAUGAAAAAUUCAGUGAUUUUCAUAUUCGCCUUAAGUUUAACCUUCUCUUCAGGUUUAAAAUUUCCGUAUAGAAACAACUCGCUUUUGACGAUUGAUGCAGAAUCUGAUCUUAGGAAUUUUACCAUACCAUGUUCUGACGUGGAUGAAAUAGAAUGGGCAGUCAACUCCACUCCAGAAGCCAAAAAUUCAGUCCAGGUAAUAUCACCAAAUGAGAAAAAUCUCGUAAUAGAAGAUGUCACAGAAUAUGAUACUGGUGUUUACAAAUGUAUCUCUAAAAAAAACCCAAAUGUGUUUAUGAAGGUGGUUCUCCGCUUUUGGCAGUGAUGAUAAUGAUCAUUGAUCAUUCAACCAACAUCAAUAUCUACUAAUGUUACUACCUACUAUGAAGUUGAUGAUAGUUGACUAUAACCGGAAAAUUCUCAUUAUAUUCGUAUAUUGAAAUUCAAAAUAAUUAUGAAUUCUUAAAAUA